UGAUGAAGCUGCUGAAAAGCGGGGCAUAACAUAACCGAGGGAAAAAAAGGGUGGAAGAAAAGGAGAGGGAGAGCGAGAACCGUUGUCCCCGUCACUGUCGUCAUCUUGAAGAGCGUGAAUGCAACAGCAAACACUGCUUCAACAUCAUCACAUGUAUCAUCAUCCUGCUCUCGUCGCUUCUGCAAUGUCUCAGAUGGAGCCUAUCCUUGGUGGUAAUCUGCCUCCUGCUUUUGAGUCUUCUUCUUCUUGUCGCAGAGUUUAUGUAGGAAAUAUUCAUGUAAACGUCACUGACAAGCUUCUUGCUGAAGUUUUCGCAACUGCUGGCCCUCUUGCUGGAUGCAAGCUCAUCAGAAAGGAUAAGUCAUCAUACGGUUUUGUGGACUACCAUGACCAAUCAUCUGCAGCACUUGCAAUAAUGACAUUGCAUGGACGCCAACUUUAUGGUCAGGCGCUUAAAGUGAAUUGGGCAUAUGGCAAUAGCCAAAGGGAGGAUACAUCAGGGCAUUUCCAUGUAUUUGUUGGUGAUUUGAGUCCAGAGGUUACUGAUGCUAAUUUAUUUGCUUGCUUCUCAGUCUUUCCUAGUUGCUCCAAUGCAAGGGUCAUGUGGGAUCACAAAACUGGCCGCUCGAAAGGAUAUGGCUUUGUUUCAUUCCGUAAUCAGCAGGAGGCACAAAGUGCUAUUAAUGACUUAACUGGUAAAUGGCUCGGAAACAGGCAGAUAAGAUGUAAUUGGGCAACUAAAGGUGUUGAAUCCAAUGAAGAUAAGCAAAACAGUGAUAACCAAAAUGCAGUUGUACUUACUAAUGGAUCUUCAGCAGAAGGAGGUCAGGAAAGCACUAACGAGGAGGCUCCUGAAAGCAAUCCUGCAUACACCACUGUCUAUGUUGGCAAUCUUUCCCAUGAGGUCACCCAGGCUGAGCUGCAUCGUCAUUUUCAUGCUCUUGGGGCUGGUGUAAUUGAGGAUGUUCGAGUCCAGAGAGAUAAAGGUUUUGGGUUUGUCAGAUACAACACUCAUGAAGAAGCAGCCUCAGCCAUUCAAACGGGCAAUGGGAAGAUAGUUUGUGGAAAGCCCGUGAAGUGCUCAUGGGGUAGCAAGCCAACGCCUCCUGGAACUGCUUCAAAUCCAUUGCCACCUCCAGCUCAACCAUAUCAAAUCGCUCCAUCAACUGGUAUAAACCAAGGCUACUCUGCAGCUGAUUUGUUGGCCUAUCAGCGCCAACUUGCCUUGAGCCAGGCUGCUGCAUCCGGCCAUUCAGGCCAAGCUCUUCUCCAGUUGACUGGACAGCAUGGCCUAGCUGCUGCUUCAAUGGACUUGAGCGCUGGUGGGUCCCAAGCUAUGUAUGGUGGAUAUCGUAACGGUUUGGCAGCUCAGCAGCUCAUGUAUUACCGUUAGUUCUGGGACCAUUUUUGGAUGAUUUUUCUUCCGGACACCUUUUCUUCUUUGAGAUAUGGAUUUCUCUGAGAUCGAAUGCGUCAUCAUUCAACUGAGUUUUAAUUACCUUAUCCGAGUUGUAUAUGUAACAAGUAAUUCAAACUUGGAACUUCAAAACAA